AGAAUCUUUAUUUUCUCCAAGUACCAUUGGCUUCCACCAUCACAUUUUCUCGAGAAAACAAAAUAAUAAUAUUGAGAAUUGGAUAUUCUUUUGUUUUCAAGAAGUUCUAUUCUAUCAUUUGAAUCUGAAAAAGAAAUUUAGAUAUACAUAUAUAUUAUAUACGAUAGAUGGAAGAUUAUAUCAUAAAGUUGAUUGUAUUGGGAGUGAUUUCAUGGAGUGUAACAUUUUUAUUAGUAAGGAUGAUCUUGCCAAAUCGUUCUUUCGAUUUCUGCAACCGCGUGGUUUCAACGAUUCAUGCUUGUUUAGCUGUGACUCUGAGCUGUCUCUCUGUGCAAGAUUGGAGAUGCCCAGUUUGUCCAUUGGCUUCAAAAUCAUCUCACAAGCAGAUGCAAACACUGGCAGUGACUCUUGCUUAUAUGAUCUAUGACCUUGGAUGUGGCCUCUUUGAUAAGGGUGUCAAGCUUGACAAUUCAAUCCAUCAUUUAGUCAGCAUUCUUGGAAUUGGGGCUGGUCUUGCCCAUCAAAUGUGUGGGACAGAGAUGGUGACAGCAUUAUGGAUAACAGAGAUCUCAAGCCCAUUCCUACACAUGAGAGAGCUUCUCAAAGAGCUUGGUUACAAAGACACUGACCUCAAUUUGUUUGCUGAUAUUUUAUUUGCAGUCAUUUUCACAUUUGCAAGGAUGGUGGGUGGACCUUAUCUUUUAUAUGCGACUCUAUCUGCUGACAAUCCACUUCUAAUAAAGGCAAUGGCACUCGGAUUGCAGUUGGUGAGUGCUUUCUGGUUCUACAAGAUUGCUAGGAUGGUGAAAUACAAAUUGACAAGGAGGGGUACACGUAAAGAGUUGCUUCAAGCCAAUAAACAAACAAAAUUGAAUUAAUCUUAUGUAAUCAUAAAAAUUAUAUCUUGAUCAAUUUUAUUUAAGUAUAUUGUUGACUUAGGGUUGUUUGGAAUAAUCUAAAUAAGUGCACUUUUUGUCUUUUUAUGAAAAGAUGUGUAGAAAAGUAGAGAGGUGAUGUGAUAGAAAAAAGAUAAAAAGAUGGAAUAUUUAAGGGAUUGGCUAAUGUUCCUUUUUC